AUGGAGCGAUCCCACACUACAGACCUUUCCACUUCGGGAUCAAAAGUGGAGGAAAGAGACACACAUCGCGGCCGCGAUGGACUCCGUGUGGACCGCGGGAAAUCUCGCCGACUUACGGCCAACCAGUAUCUUGACAUGUUCAACCGUGAACGACGUGUCUCAUCAGCUCUGGAGUACUUUCCGACAGCCCCAGGCGGCGAUGUCGACAUUCGCCGAGUAGAAGAUGUUCCCCCCGAGCUUACGCUGAAGGUGGCCGCAGAGAUUGCCAAGCAGAGCGCUCGUCACUCCGGCAGCAACCCAGAUGAGUGCGAAGAUGCAGCUGAGGCGGCAGCUCAGGAUGAUCAGGAAAAAGGCGCCGUCCUUCCUGGAGAUCACGGGGAAAGGGUGACGGAAGACCCGAAACGGGGGCGUCCGGGGCUAUGUGAGCGGUUGCGUAACAAAUUCUUCCCCAGGGGUCCAACCACAUCCGCUAUGAUGGCAGCUCGCCUUCAGCCAACACCCUUUGGCGUCAAUCGAUUCAUUAUGCUUGGGAUCUACUUGAUUUACUCUUUGCUGACGGGUCGAGUGUACUUUGCCUGGCCAAGCAUUUCCAAUAUGCUCUUCCGAAGUGAGGCGUACCUGUGGAAGUGUGGGGAUUUAGACGAUCCAUCAGCCAUAGAUCUUCGCCAGGAGGAGAAUGGUGGGAGAAGAUUCGCCUGUGAAGAUCAAAAUACGGAAGUGCAGAAGCUUUUUGUCGUUUGCCUCGCAUGUGCUUUCGCUUGUGCGCUGCUGGCGGGGCUGCUUCUGGACAAAGUGGGCCCGAAGCUCACAGGUCUCUUUGGACAGACGUGCAAUUUCACAGCCUGGAUGCUCCUGGGUUUCGCCGGAGAAAAUAUGCCCACCUAUUGUCCAGCGUUUGUUUUGAUGGGCGUCGGAGCAGACAGUGGCUACAUGGCGAGUCUGUCGAUAGCAAAUCUUUUCCCCGGACACGAGGCGCUCGUAGUGGCGCUGCUAGGGUCAGCAAAAAGCUUGAGCUACGCAGUGCCCACGAUUCUGGACACACUCGACGCCAAUAGUUCAGCAAUCACAGUGAAAGACGUCUGUUUAGGAUAUGCUGCACUCGGCCCGGGACUUUGCUGGUUAAUUUGUUUCUUGUUGAUUGGCUUCCAUCCGUUCCUCCCGUGGGCGAGCUUUGUGCAUAUUGAGGAGGCCCUGGAGCAACUGGCGAGGCGUCAAAGCGGAAGACAAUGGAGUCAGGUCUUUCGGUCUUCGUCGGUUUCUUCUGUUUUCAAGUUGAGAAAAGGAAAAGAUUCUGGUUCAGGUGUUGGAGAAGGCAGUGGCACGUCGAGACACCAAACGGAAACCGUCAAUCGCCGGACCAGCAGUAUAACUGUACAGUCGAAUGGGGCACCUGCGUCUGAGUCUGCACCCUCACUGCGACGGCAGCUGAUGUCCAAAUAUUGCCUGCUAAUGGUCAUCCACACUGUUGUCCAGGCUCUCGCGUACCCGUUCCUUAGUACCAGCGCCGAGAACCUCUACGGGAAAGAUGUAAAUAACUUUCUCGGCUUUGGCCUGCCGUUCGGCUGCGUUGCCUGCAUAAUUUAUGGCAAACUCACGGACAUGUACGGCAUCACGAAAGUUUUAAUCGGGAUCAAUACCAUCAUUACGGUCGUGUUUGUAUUGACGCUGGUUCAAACAACGGUAACGGCUUAUAUCGCAGCUGUUCUCAUUAUAUUCUACGUAGGAUUUUACUCAUCGCAGGUGUAUUGUUUCGUGAGCGACACCUUUGCAGCAGCACAGUUUGGGCGGAUCGUUGGCUCAAUCUUCAUGGUGGGGGGAUUUUCCUCGCUACUAAAAAUUCCGCUUCAGUCUAUGGUCGUUGAUGUUUUCCAUUCGGUAUACACAUGGCCAGUCGUCAUGAUGAUGGGGCUCUGCUGCUUCAAUUUCGGUAUUCUUGGGAUGCUUUUGUAUUUCAAGAAGAAGAACCCGCAUCCUUUCUGGCCAGCCGAUGUUGCUGCAGCUGACGAAAAGAGGACAGGGAAAAGGCCUAAGGGGGAACCGGACGGGGAGAGGCGACAGCUUGUAGUUAAGGCGGGGAGCGAUGCUGAACUGGGGGUAUCGGCAACGGCGACUCGCACGUCAGAUUUGGGCGGGCGUUUUGAGACCGAACUAGUCGACGUUCGUGUGUCGAUAUCUCCUGCUGUUGGUGCUGAAGACCCAGGAAAGAUGGACAGUGCACGUGAGAAUAGGAAGGAGCAAAACUAG